CACUCCCCUCCGUCUCCAUAAAAAAAUCGAGCUCCAACAACCAACCACCGCAAGCUUCCCAACCCUUCGCCUUGCCCAGCCCACCUUCGCCUUUUCCUCCCUUUUCCCCACCCAAGGAUUUUCUCUCCACAGAUAUUCCCAAAGCAUCUCCUCUGUUGCUCUCCUCCUCGGAUUCCUCUUUCUCUCCCUUCCCCCCCUCCUCCUCCUCUACUCUACUCCUACCCGUAUUAUUCUUCUCUCUCCUGACUUGUUUUCCCUUCUCUCUCUGUCGCCCCUUUGCCCGCGUGCCUGAUCUUCCGAGCUACCUGCACUCCAGCAGAGCACCACCGGUUGUGCGGGAGCUUCCUGCCAAGAAAUCGCCGGAGGCGGGGCCUGUCCGGCGCCGGCAUGUGCGUGGACGACGCGGAGAGGCUCGAUUUUGGAGACGCCGGAGUGGAGAAGCCCGCCGAGUUCCCCUUGCCUCAUGUGGAUGGAGAGUGUUUGUGAGAACACCACAACUGCUGAUUUCAAGCAGAGUAACUUCGGCAAUUUCGUUCCAAUUGUUCGAUCAGGAGGUUGGUCGGAUAUUGGAAGUCGCCAGUACAUGGAAGAUACCCAUGUGUGUAUUGCGGACCUAGCUAAGAACUUUGGUUAUCCAGAAGUGGAUAAGGAAGUUGUUUCCUUUUAUGGGGUCUUCGAUGGGCAUGGUGGAAAAGAUGCUGCCCAUUUCGUUCGUGAUAAUUUACCAAGGGUCAUUGUGGAAGAUGCUGAUUUUCCACUUGAGCUUGAGAAAGUAGUGAGCAGGUCCUUUAUGCAGAUAGAUAGUCAGUUUGCUGAUAAAUGCUCCCACCACAGAGCUCUGUCGUCUGGUACAACAGCACUUACAGCAAUGAUAUUUGGAAGGUCUCUUUUGGUUGCUAAUGCUGGUGAUUGUAGAGCAGUUCUUUCCCGGUGCGGUAUUGCAAUGGAGAUGUCUAUGGACCACAGACCCUGCAGCCUCACCGAAAAACUGCGCGUAGAGUCACUUGGUGGCUAUGUGGAUGACGAUUACCUGAAUGGUUUGCUAGGAGUCACUAGAGCCCUCGGCGACUGGCAUCUUGAGGGCUUGAAAGAAGUCGAUAGACCUGGAGGAGGGCCCCUCAGUGCUGAACCAGAGCUCAAGAUGGUCACGCUGACAAAGGACGACGAGUUUUUGGUAAUUGGCAGCGACGGGAUGUGGGAUGUCUUCUCAAAUCAAAAUGCUGUGGACUUUGCACGGAGGCGUCUCCAAGAGCACAACGAUGUGAAGCUAUGCUGCAAGGAAAUUGUCGAGGAGGCAAUAAGGCGGGGCGCCACAGAUAACCUGACUGUGGUGUUGGUUUCUUUCCACCUGGUGGCGCCUCCUCAGAUCAGAGUGAAUCGACCUGGUAGGGUGGCGAGGAGCAUAUCGGUUGAUGGGCUCAAUAGCCUCAGGAUACUCCUGGGAAGCCAAUAAAGUCAUCCUUGUUGCACAGUCAGUUACUAUGCUGCACUGCUGAGUUGUAAUUGUACGUAGUCGUGUUGGCACCCCACUGUUGUUAGUUGUUACCCAUUGUCAGUUGAGACACACUGGUGAUUAUUCUUGUUGGUAAUUGAACCAACAAACAUGGGCUCACAAUUGUGAGCAAUUCUAUGCGGCUGGAACUAGGCAAGUCCACGGAAAGAGGUUUAUGAGCCGCUAGGCUCACUUUUAUGCCUCAUUUUCUCUGUAAAUAAACUUGCUGCUGCCUAGCCGUGCAUUUGAAAUUUGAUCAUGUAAAAUUGAUUAUCUUUCAUGUGGUUAUUGUCUACUUGAUCAACUAUGGAACUA